AUGAGCUGCAGCAGCCUUGCAGAGUCUGAGUAUUCCGAGGAAGAGUUGGAGAUUGGUGCACUUGUCCAGGGAAAGGAUGAAGGAAGUCCAAAGACAUCCUUUCAAGACAGCGAGAGUUCAACGAGCAGCCCUAGCGACCCGGAAGAGGGCCAGACAAAAAAGCGCAACAGACCAGUUCGCUCCAAAGCUCGACGGGUUGCAGCCAACGUCCGUGAGCGAAAACGCAUCAUGGACUACAACCAAGCUUUCAAUGCUCUACGGGUCGCUUUGAAUCAUGACCUUAGUGGCAAAAGGCUCUCCAAGAUUGCUACCCUGCAAAGGGCCAUCAAUCGCAUUUCUGCUCUUUCUGUAUUCCUGAGUACAAACCCACCCAGUAAGCCUUGCACACAUCGGGAGUGCAACGGGUCAUCGGUGGGGCUGGCAGCAAUGGCUGGCUCUCAACUCGAGCCGACCAGGGGUAGGGUCCCCCGUUUGGAGCAUCAGAAUUACGCUUCCUGGCAUGCGUCCAUCUCUCACCAGAUGCAGUCACAAGAGCCGCCUCACAUGCACAGACAACCUGCGGACUCACGCGUCUACAUGGAUAACGGUGUGUCGUCAUGCCCCCCUUCGCCACACUACCCUUGUUAUCCUACGGAAGGACAGCUUUAUGCCUCACGUGGUCAUUGUGGUGGGCCUCAUGACCAUCCACCUAGCCCACUGCGAUACUCUCAGAUGGGUGAUGGAUUGGGGUACCAGUCAACAAUGUGGGGAUCCUGUAGCCAAGGGUACAUAGACACUUUUGUGGAGCCAUCUCCAGCUUUGGGACACCCCUGGCAGAUGAACUAUUUGCAGGAGCAUGAGCACAGCCUUUAUUCAAGCACAGACAUACUGUAA